CUCGGGAACUUUACAGGAAGUGACUGGACUACCGCUCUCCUCUUCUGCGUUGAUCAACGACCGGUCGUAUUGUGCUAUUUUAACUUGUUUUUUUAAAACAAACAGUUCUGUUCCACCGCACAGUUCUCUGUACUCAGUCGUGUGAACGGAGAGCACAGCAGAGUGCUUUCAAAGCUCCUAGCAUGUUGCUGUUUCAGCUCCCAGAGGAUGUUUUGUAUCACAUACUGUCUUAUUUGGACUGUAAAACACUGAGUCGUCUUUCUCAGGUUUCUAAAGUGAUUUGCCACAUUGUUAGCCGCGAUGUGGUGUGGAAGAAUAUUGCCAAAGGGUUGCUAAACACUGGAAUAACUCGAUAUUGGACAGACAUAUAUCCUCACAUCCUGCUGAAGGACCGAGUGAAGACUGCUCAAAACUGGUGUGACGGUGUCUGUAAAAGAUCGACUCCUUUGAAAUGGAAAACAAAAUUGUUGCCAUGGAUACAGCUGGAUGGGGACACACUAUUUUUGUCUCAGGCUGCAGAAAUUAGAUCCUACCCACUGCGCCAUGGCUGCAAGAAGAUACGGUAUAAUCCUGUAAAAGUCUACUCUGGCCACCAGGCAGAUGUCUGCAGAUUUGUUCUGACUGACUCUCAUCUGAUCAGUGGUGGAAGUGAUGGCAAGAUUCUGGUGCACAACAGAAGGAGUGACAGCACAAUGAAGUUAUUCGGUCAUAAUCAGGAAGUAAACUGUAUUGACUCAAGGAAUGAACUCAUCGUCAGUGGCUCGAGAGACCAAACAAUCAAGAUCUGGACAUUGGCCUCCAGCUGCCCCAGAGAUCUGAUUCCCCUUUAUGAUAGAGUCUGGUCUGUUGUAAUUAAUCCCACACUAAGUUCCUUUGUAACAGGUACUGCUUGUUGUGAGAACUUGUCCCCUCUUCGCAUCUGGGAUGUUGAACGGUUGGAGUGUGUCUGCAGUCUGGGUUCAGACUUCCGCCGAGGGGCUGGUGUGUUAGAUAUGGUGUUUGAGACACCUUUUCACCUCUUCACCUGUGGCUAUGACACAUUUAUUCGACUCUGGGACCUUCGCCUAAGUCCACAGAAGAGUGUCAUGGAGUGGGAGGAACCUCAUGAUAGUGCCUUAUACUGUAUGCAAACAGAUGGAAAUCACAUGAUAGCCAGCGGCUCCUCCUACUAUGGUGUUGUUCGACUCUGGGACAAAAGACUGACUGAAUGCUUACAGUUUUUCCAGUUGAGCUCCGACCUGGUGAGCAGCCCAGUGUAUUGCCUGCGUUUCAGCAGUUCUCACCUGUAUGCAGCCCUGGCAACUGCACUCCACUCAUUAGACUUUAGACACAACCUAAACAUCACCAUCAGAUGACACAUGAAAAUAAAAGUAUUUAUAUUAAAUCUGUGAAAAA